AUUGGCACCAAAAUUCUUACAUCAAUACAAGAAUACAGCGAAAAUAAUAGAUGGAAAGGCUAUCGCAAAAUCCAUUCGAAAAAAAAUAUCCGAUGAAGUUUAUCAAUUGAAAAGUAAAUACCUUAGCUUUAAGCCUCGACUUGCGAUUGUUCAGGUUGGAAAUAGGGAAGAUUCCGUAGCAUAUGUGAAACAGAAAGAACUAGCCGCUAGAGAGGCUGGAAUUGAUUUUAUUUUACAAAAAAGGGACGAAUCAAUUACCGCGAAUGAGCUCUCGAGAUUGGUUCGUGAACUAAACCAAGAUCCAUCGAUUCAUGGAGUGUUGGUUCAACUUCCUUUACCGGAACAUAUUGAUGAAAGAUGUGUUAUUGAAUCUAUUGAUCCAAAAAAAGAUGUUGAUGGAUUUCAUACAAAUAAUAUUGGAAGGUUGGUUAAAAGACGUGACGAUCCUAUAUUUUUACCAUGUACACCUAAAGCAAUUAUAGAAUUAUUGGAUCAAACUGGAAUAAAUAUUUCAAGCAAGCGCGCCGUCGUGGUUGGUCGUAGUGAUAUUGUGGGAUUUCCCACAUUUACACUAUUAUUGAAAAGAAAUUCUACGGUUACGUUGUGUCAUUCCAUGACGGCCAACCUUCCCGAGAUUGUUAAAACAGCUGAAAUCCUAGUGGUGGCUAUUGGAAAAGCCGAAUUCAUAAAAGGCGAUUGGAUAAAUCCUGGUGCUGUAGUCAUCGAUGUUGGAACUAAUGCGAUAAAAGAUCCUACAAAAAAAUCGGGCAUUCGAUGGGUAGGCGAUGUAGAAUUUUCAUCCGCCUCUGCAGUAGCAUCUUAUAUAACACCAGUUCCUGGUGGUGUAGCUCCGGUGACAGUUGCAAUGUUAUUACAAAACACAGUAGAAAGUGCUAAAAGGUUUCUGAAAGAAAGUAACGAACGCAAGAUAUCCACAUUGACACUGAAACGGGUUGUACCUGUUCAAAGCGAUAUCGAUAUCGCAACUUCACAUACACCUAAACCUAUUAAAAUUCUGGCUAAAGAAUUAGGGCUGGCCUCAAAUGAAUUAUUUCAUUUUUUAUUAAGUUUAACUGUUAAUACUAUUAACCACAUUAUUAAACUUAUUUAUAGCAUAACGCCAACACCAUUAGGUGAAGGAAAAUCUACAACCACCGUUG